GGUCGCUCGGACAAAUGCAACGCUUGAGAGAUGCAGAUAGUUCGAUGUUUAAACCAGAGUGCAUUUACACGUCAGGAGGCGGCUGGACGGAAGGAGGAGGGAGCGCUGAUUCCCAAAGUAUGCCGUAUUUUGCGAAACUAAUGUUGUUGAUCUUUUGCGGGGUCCUUCUCGGAGAAAGUAGGAAGCACAAAAGGGGGAGAUGGACGGAAGAAGCGGACGUGCAGAAAACAAGUCACACAUAUAAAAAGAACUAUGACAUGACCAAAGCGUGGUCAGGGAACAACAAACAGCUUCUGAGGGUAGAGGACCAUGAUUUCACCAUGAGGCCUGCCUUUGGAGGCCCAGCUAUUCCUGUUGGAGUGGAUGUGCAGGUUGAAAGUUUGGACAGUAUUUCAGAAGUCAAUAUGGACUUUACAAUGACGCUGUAUUUGAGACAUUAUUGGAAAGACGAGCGUCUGUCCUUUCCCAGUCAUGCAAACAAGAGCAUGACUUUUGAUGGACGGUUGGUGAAGAAGAUCUGGGUGCCAGACAUUUUCUUUGUCCACUCUAAAAGAUCCUUCAUUCAUGAUACCACCACUGACAACAUCAUGUUGCGGGUGUUCCCAGAUGGCCAUGUGCUCUAUAGCAUGAGGAUCACGGUGACGGCAAUGUGCAACAUGGACUUCAGCCGCUUUCCACUAGAUUCACAGACAUGUUCCCUGGAGCUUGAAAGUUAUGCAUAUACAGAUGAAGAUUUGAUGUUAUACUGGAAAAAUGGGAGUGAAUCUCUAAAAACAGAUGAAAAGAUUUCCUUGUCUCAAUUUUUGAUUCAAAAAUUUCAUACAACCUCCAGACUUGCUUUCUAUAGUAGUACUGGUCGGUACAAUCGCCUUUACAUUAACUUUAUUCUACGUCGCCAUAUUUUCUUCUUUCUGCUCCAAACGUAUUUUCCUGCCACACUGAUGGUCAUGUUAUCCUGGGUUUCCUUCUGGAUAGACCGUAGAGCUGUGCCUGCAAGAGUUUCAUUAGGAAUUACAACAGUCCUGACCAUGUCUACGAUCAUUACUGGUGUCAAUGCCUCCAUGCCUGGCGUUUCCUACAUCAAGGCUGUGGACAUUUACCUCUGGGUCAGUUUUGUGUUUGUCUUCCUCUCGGUCAUUGAAUACGCAGCUGUGAACUACCUGACCACAGUGCAAGAGCGGAAGCAGCGGAAACAGCAAGAGAAGUUUCCAUGUGUGAGUGGAAUAUCUUCUACAAAAAGAAUGACCCUAGAUGGUAUAUACAAUGAGUUGGAUGCCAGUAGCCUAGAAGGAGACCCAAGAAGUCAAAUGGUAGCUGAGGAGGAUAAACAAGAGAAGAUGGUGAUCCAUCUGACUAUGAGUAAUGAGUCCAAUUCAUCAAAGAAGAAAGGGCUCAAAGAGCAUGUUAGCCUACGUAUUAUCCAGAACACUCAUGCAAUUGACAAAUAUUCAAGGUUAAUAUUCCCAGGCACCUAUAUAUUUUUUAACAUAGUAUACUGGUCUGUCUUCUGCUGAACAUGCUGUGGUUGUGGUUGACUCAGGAGAUAUUUAGAAGAUUCCACUAUUAAAAUUUUGGAGUCCAAGCGAGAAAAUGAUUCAUGCUGUAGCAGCUUUGGCAUAUGAAAACACUGGAUAUUUUUCUAAGAAGCAUUUGACACAGUGGUGUUGGAGAUGGUUGACUCAAGCUGGAUACUUUCUGCUCCCUGUCACCUUCUUAAUGUAUGAUAAGUUUGUUUUUCAUACUUGAAAACAUGCAGCUGUUGAACUUGAGUCUCAGGCAUUGCAGUGUCAUCAUAGCAUAAAAUUUGCCAAAGAAACACUUAUAAAAGUGGCUAGGAAUCUGCUACGUGAUCUUUAUUGAGACAGUUGAAGUAAGAGACAUCUGUUCCAUUUAUCAGCCAGCAUGGUGAUGUAGGCCAUCUUUAUUAUAAGGGAUUGUUGGCACCCAUAUGAAAUUUCUUUUGUAAG